AUGACCUUUAAUAUUUCGUUAUUUUUUAUAAAUACCGGUCAUUUGAGUUGUGAAAGGAUUUCAGAAAGGGGAAGAGUCAUAGCAACCGUCUGUUCGUCUCCUUGCCCGAGCCGACGCCACGUGCACCUCCGGUCAUCCCUUCCGAUCAUCACCGCCGGCCAAACCUCGUCAAUUCGUAAUGCACGAACCAGAGGAGCCAAGUCUUCCUCUCCUUCUAGCCGAAAGCGAGCGUCCGCGAGCGCCUGUCAAGCCUCUACCUCUGAGCCUCCACGGCCAGAAGUUGCUUCCCUCCUGAAGUCCACACCAAAGAAACGCCAGCCAAGCCGACAUUACAGACGCCUCCGCGAGCGUUAUCUCACCAGGUCAGGGGGUCGUCCCUUGCAAAAAAGAGCCAGGGUUGAAAGCUCAGAGCCCAUCGACUUAACAGGGCAGUCCCUUGUUCCCUCUCUAGAGCCUUCUCCGGUGCCAUUUCCGGCACCGCCGGCGAAACCUCAAGCAAGUCAGCCGCCACUUUCUGAGCCCCAAAUUCCGUCUAGGACAGCUCCUGAAGUGAUAAUCAGGCUCCAUGAUCACUCAACCACCAAUUGA